AAAUACCGUAUUUUUCACUUCAUAAGACGCACCUGACCAUAAGACGCACCUAGCUUUUAGAGACGAAAAACAAGAAAAAAAAUAUUCUGAACCAAUGGACUGUAGACACAGUACAGGAGAUGACCAGAGACUGCGGACACAGUACAGGAGAUGACCAGAGACUGCAGACAGUACAAGAGAUGACCAGAGACUGCAGACACAGUACAGGAGAUGACCAGAGACUGCAGACACAGUACAGGAGAUGACCAGAGACUGCGGACACAGUACAG